CGCGCCCCUGCCCGUGCGCCCGCCCGCGGCGCUGCCGCAAAGCGCGGCCGGGAAGAUGGCGGCGCGCUGGGCGCUGGGCGCGGGUGCUGCCUGGGCGCGGGGUCUCCUCAGCUGGGCACGGCCAGAGAGGUGGCUGCCAUGUGGGAGCCUUUUGCCUCUGUCCUGCAUCCACACCAGCACAUCCCUGCAGAAAAUUGGGAAGUGGGAGAAGAAGAACAGGAUUGUUUACCCUCCCCAGCUGCCUGGAGAGCCUCGCAGACCGGCUGAAAUAUAUCACUGUCGGAGGGAAAUAAAAUACAGCAAAGAUAAGAUGUGGUACCUGGCAAAACUGAUAAAAGGAAUGUCCAUUGAUCAGGCUCUCGCUCAGCUGGAAUUCAGUGACAAAAAGGGAGCAAAGGUGAUCAAAGAGGUUCUGUUAGAAGCACAGGAAAUGGCUGUAAGAAAGCACAAUGUGGAAUUCAAAUCAAACUUACACAUAGCGGAGUCGCAGACGGGCAGGGGCCGCUACGUGAAGCGCCUGCGGUGCCACGGCAAGGGCAUGUUUGGCAUGAUGAAAAUCAGCAGGUGCCACUACUUUGUGAAGCUGGUGGAAGGUCCUCCUCCUCCCCCAGAGCCACCAAGGACUGGCUUUGACCAAGCAAAGGAAUACGUGCAGCAGCUGAGGAACAGAACCCUGGUUCACACACUGUGACUCACUUUAGUGGCUGUAGAGGUGUCUCUUGUUGGGCAAUGUAAUUGUGUGAAGGAAUAAUUAAAGGCAUGGUUUAGUUAUAUCUUUGGUGCUGCUGGAGCUGGGUGAUGUGAGAAAAAUCAUGGGUUUUUCUUUAUUUGUCAAGUAUGGAAAGUAUUGUCAAGGGUAUGGAAAAAAAGUAUUUGUCAAGGGUAUGGAAAAAUCUUGGAGCAGCAGAUGUUACUUUUUCUGAGUUACUUGGACCACAGCAUUCAAGCUCGACUCUGGACUGUCAAAUCUAAAACAUAUGGUGCUGUUAUACAGCUUGGUGUCUCUGCUAUGUAUGGUGAGGCUUUCAGUGUAAAACUGUGUGCUUGACAGUCAUGUUGCAAGAUCAAACCUCAAACUAAAAUUUGAUGUCUUAAAGUAGUUAAAGCAUUGGAAGAAAACAAGUAAGAGUGGACAAAACCAAGUAAUAAUAAUAUCUCAGAUUAUCAGACAUCAGUUUUUGGCUUAUCUGGGCUGUGACAGCCUUCAUUGUGUGUCUUGGGAAUUGUGUCUGGGAGAGGGAAAUAAAAAAAUCCUUGUAAGUUCAGGCUCUGGCAGUCAGUAGGUGGCAAUAUUUAGUUUGUCAGAGAGGAGGUGGCAGUGAAAACUUCCAGAAUGGUCAAACUCUUUUGGAUUUUGCCCGUGGCAUUAAUAAUCUGAUACAGGCAUGGAGUUCAGGAUGUUCUCUCUGGAAAUUCAUUGUGGGUAACAGGCAAAAUAUGGAGAAAAGCUUAAUUCUGCAUAAAGCUUAAUUCAAUGCAUAAUUCUGCAUUGUCUGGAAACAAAUUGCUUUUGUAGCAUUGAGGAAAAUGAAACACUCCAUGGAUUUCAUAUGGAAUGGCUUGUUGCAUGUACAAACCAGCCUUUCAGAUCUCUGAAAACAAUCCCAUUUUUAUCAUUACUUCCUUAAAGAGAAGAGGACUGAGAUUGAGAGGGGGAAUCUCAUUUCACUCAAGUCAGAUUUUCAAAUCAAGAUGGUCAGAAUUGACGAACAUCGAAACAGAAUGAGCAGCUGCUUGUAGAUGCAAAUGUCUGAUAUUUGGACCUUUCUUUUCCAUUCUGGGAACAUUGGAAUGGGAGAUAGCUUGCUUACCUCACUUGAGUCUUUUUACUGCAACAACUCAUGGUGGCUUUUCUUACAUGUGUUUACUUGGAUCAGUAUUGGCUGAUGGGAAAGGGACAGUUCCUGUAAGGAAACAAAUUAUUUUUAUUGUCUUGACAAAGGCUGGAACAGUGUGAUUUCUUUUGGCUACCAAAGAAAGAGUUUCAUGAUGUUUAGAAGCCCACUGAGAGCUCAGUUCCAUUAAUGGGGCUCUAUUUGCAAUCUGGCUCUGCAGUGCUGGUUCUCUUUCAAACACAUUUCUUGCUGUAAAACCACGAUUUAGUAACUUGCCUGAAAGGUGUGUUCUGAUAAAACUCUCUAUCUCUGCAGUCCCUGA